CGGGUCGGGGCCGCUGGGCGGGCGGCGGAGCGGAGGCGCGAUUGCAGCCAGGCGGCCUAGGCGCAGUCUAGGCGGGGGUCAGUCUAUCUUCCUCCCGCGGAGCAGGGCGCGAUGAGCUGGGAACUGCUGCUCUGGUUGCUGGCGCUGUGCGCGCUGCUAGCGCUCGUGGUGCAGCUGCUGCGCUUUCUACGGGCCGACGCGGACCUCACGCUGCUGUGGGCCGAGUGGCAGGGGCGACGCCCAGAAUGGGAGCUGACCGAUAUGGUGGUGUGGGUGACUGGAGCAUCAAGUGGGAUUGGAGAGGAACUGGCUUACCAGCUGUCCAAACUAGGAGUUUCUCUUGUACUGUCAGCCAGAAGAGUGCAUGAGUUGGAAAGGGUGAAAAGAAAGUGCCUUGAGAAUGGUAAUUUGAAAGAAAAAGAUAUACUCAUUUUGCCCCUUGACCUGACUAACAGAAGUUCCCAUGAAAUGGCUACCAAAGCAGUUCUCCAGGAGUUUGGCAGAAUCGACAUUCUGGUCAACAAUGGUGGAGUAUCCCAGCGUGCUUUGUGUGUGGACACCAGCCUGGAUGUCUUCAAGGAGCUAAUAGACCUUAACUACUUAGGGACGGUGUCCUUGACAAAGUGUGUUCUGCCUCACAUGAUUGAGAGGAAGCAAGGAAAAAUUGUUACUGUGAAUAGCAUUGUGGGAAUUAUAGCUGCGCCCCUUUCUACUGGAUACUGUGCCAGCAAACAUGCUCUCCGGGGAUUUUUUAAUACCCUCCGAACUGAACUUGCCACCUACCCAGGUAUAACAAUUUCUAACAUUUGCCCGGGACCUGUGCAAUCAAAUAUUGUGAAAAAUGCCCUAACUGAAGAAGUCACAAAGAGUACAGGCAGCACUGCAGACCAGUCCUACAAGAUGGCAACCAGUCGUUGUGUGCGGCUGAUGUUAGUCACCAUGGCCAAUGAUUUGAAGGAAGUUUGGAUCGCUGAUCAGCCUUUUUUGCUAAUGUUCUAUUUGUGGCAAUAUAUGCCAACCUUGGCCUGGUGGUUAACCAACAAAGCAGCCAAGAGAAGGAUUGAGAACUUCAAGAGUGGUGUGGAUGCAGACUCCUCUUAUUUUAGAAGCGUGAAAAAAAAACAUGACUGAAGGAGUACUUGCAUUUUUCAAGCCACUGGAAAGAGAAAUGGAAAACAUGGAAAACAGCGAUCUUCUUAUACACUGAAGAAUAAUUUGUCAUUUUAUUUCUUAAUAGAUACAACUUUCCUUUCAAUAUGUAAUAAAUAACAAGAAUGACAGGAGUCUUGCAAUAAAUAUGUUAAUACAUAUUA